AACGUUACGGUCGGCCAACCGAUUUUCUUCUGACAAACCCGGAAGUUUUUUGUCUGUCUCCCUCUGGCUGGAAGCAGGCAGGCGAGCAGCUCCAGUGACUGUAACCUCUCCAUUUUGUUGGAUAAAGUCCGCUUCAGCCUCUGAGCUCACCAUCACCAUCUCCCCAGGUGUGAGUGUUAGUAAGGUGUGUGCAUGUGUGUGUGGAUUGAGUGUGUUUUGGGGUGAUGUACUGUACGUACCAGGAUCGGAAGGAGUUGGAGGAUGAUCUCUAUCAAGAGGAUGAAGGGGACUCUGAGGGGUCAGAGGCCAACAGCGAGCUGGAGUUCCACCUCUACAGCCAGCUCCACUACUCUUCUAAUGCCGGGGUGUUAGAGGAGGAGGAGGAUAGAGGAGGAGAGAAGGCGGAGGGCCAGAACAGCCAGCAGCUCGAGGUGCCUGAGAAGACUGUAGAUGUUGACGGAGAGCAGGAACAGACUGGAGAAAGUAGGCCUCCGUCACCUGAUUUGAGCGAGUUACUGCAGCACCUGAAGAACAAGAAGGGAGAGAAACCUGAUAAACAGAAGAAGGGAAAAAGUGACCCUAAAGGUCUGAGGUCGUCGUCAUCGUUUUUUGAGGAGGUCAUUGUGAUUGACUCCAGCCCUGAUGUCAUCUCCAUCUCUGAUGAUGACACUACUGAUGAUGAUAAAGGGGUCUGCGCAUUAAAGGGCCGAGGCUUAAACCAGCGGCAGACUUCUACCCCGGCCCAACAGGGAACCCAGAAAAGGAGUCUCCGUGUGCCAGUGACUGUGGACUCCAGCAGCUCCGAGUCAGAUUCAGAAGAGUCGGAUUCAAAGUCUGAGUCGUCAGAUUCUUCCGAUUCUGAUGGUCUGGAGAACUGGAUGAUCCUGGGUCCAGGGAAGCAGGAUGGAGACCAUUCCAUCUCACUCAACCUAGAGGGAGGGUCUGACAGCAACACAGAUGUUGAAGAAGAAGUGGGCGGCUGGUUGGUUUCUUCCAAGGACAAGGAGGCUCGGAUCUAUAACAAAGACAAGGGUGCUAGGAUAACGGUGUCAAACAGAUACUAUACUAACAAGAACGUCCAGUGUAGAAACUGCAACAAGAACGGACAUCUCUCCAAGAACUGCCCUGAGCCCAAAAAGUUGCCGCCCUGCUUCCUUUGUGGAAACCCAGGUCACCUGGUCAGUGGAUGUCCCAAUAAGCACUGCAACAACUGCGGCUUGCCUGGGCACCUCUUCAAUUCCUGCCGCGAGAGAGUGUACUGGCGCAAACAGUGCGAACGCUGCAGCAUGACGGGGCACUUCUCUGAAGCUUGUCCAGAGAUCUGGAGACAGUAUCACAACUCUACAAAGGAAGGUCCUCCUGUAAAGCAGCAACGAAAAGAACACCGGAGUCGAAACCAUCCCUCCUGCUACAACUGCUCCAGGAAAGGACACUAUGGCCAUGCGUGUAAACUGCAGAGGAUGUUCAAUGGGACGUAUCCCAGCACCCCAUUGAUUAACCACUAUGACACUGUAAAGGACAUCAAAUGCAGACAAGAGUGGAUAAUGUCGAAGGUUAAAGAACUGAAGAAAAAUGGCUUUUUACCUGCCUGUUCUCAGACCCCUCUCACUCCAGGACCGCCAAAGAAGAAACAGAAAAUCAGCCAUCACAAAAGUAACCCCCGGCCUUACCAUACACCUCACCAAAGCCCAAACAAGCCUACCCCCAAAUCCAGCCAUAUCUUUUUUAAUGACGAUGACUUUGGGUCCGCAGCACCCAAAACGAAUAAGAACAAUAAGCACAAACAACAGAAAGGCACUAGCAAUGUGAAACCGUGGAAACCCAAGAGACCAGUGCCCACCUCGAAAGACCCUCACCCACCAACUAAACUCAUUUUGGAUGAAGCAGAUGACUUUCCCAGAGGUGGGGGCAAAGGAGAGGAUAUAGUGAAGAAGAGGAAUAGGUUGAAGAAAACGAAGCAAGUUCCUUUAGCGCAACCAGAAGGACACAGAAAGAGCAGACCAGACCGUCUCUGUUGGACUGUAACCGGAGAGAUGCAGGGGUCCGCGUCAAAGCAAGAGAAAGGAAAGAGGAAAAAGAGAAAUCGAGCCCAGAAGAGCGCUGACAAAAAGGAUGCCGCACAGAUGUACCCAACAGAUGAGAACCUGUUUAUCAUCAAACAGAAGAAGAAACGCAACAGAUAUAAGGAGUCUGUUUGAGGUGUAGGAGUCAGGGUCUGCCGGGGCAGUGAUCUUCAUGACCAGUACAUAUAGUACAUAUAGUAUGUCCUUUGGGGACAUUUGGGGACCUGUCAGACAUUCUGUUGACUCAGGUGCUUUAUGAGGUGCACAGGCCUUUUUUUUAACGGAAGACGUUUUGCCAUGUCACAGAAGGAAAAGCACAGGUGUAAAUAAUAAAAUGAAUGAUGGCUGAAUUGAUCUGCUUCAGUUUGAGGGUCCUGGUAAUGUGCAUGCUGACUCAGUCAGGGUUUACUGGGACACUUGAAUAGAACAAAGCCAUUGUUCGGUUCACAAUUUUUGAAGUCUGUCUUAAAGGUAUAAUAUGCAGUAUUUUACAAAAAAUGUAUAGACUUAUACAAAAAUAAUCCCUCUCAAACAUCACUUGUGAUUCACUAGACAUUUGUGGCAACCCUGCCCUCUGCCUGUUUUGUUUUGUUUUCCUUUUUUUUUCCGUGUGCGGGACGUUUAUAGGCGUCAGCUAAGAGCCUUUGGGCCCCACGUGAAUGUGGAACAGCCAGUAACCUCGGCAUCUCAUACCGACGCAAAAGUUUAACCAACACAGACACAAACAGGAUAAAACUCUGCAUUCACACAAAAUCCGUCAAUGUGGUACCUUCGCGCAGAGGAGUGGGUGUGUUUAUUUGUGCUCCAGAACGUUACAGCCGUGAAACAAUCAGAAAUAACGUUUUAUUCCUCUGAUUCACUGUUUUGUUCGACGCUCCCUCUUCAUUCACUCUCUAGCUCGCUUGACCACCUCUCUCUCUCUCUCUCUCUCUCUCUCACAAUCUGGCUCGUUGAGCUGGGGCCAACUUUGAACAGUGUGUAUUUACAAACAGUAAGCGAUACCUCCUACAUGUUAUACCUUCAAAUCAAUAGUCAGGUGUCCAUGUGAACAUUAGAAUCGUUUUUUUCUCGCUGUAAUAUUUCCUCCGGUUCACACUGAGAUCCUUUCCUAAUACACUCUGUUUAAGUGAUGAGCAAAUUCACAGUCUUCGUUUUGUAUAAGUGUUUAUAACUAAUAUGGGGCUUCAGCAGUCUGAGUUAGACAAGUCAAGUGGAUAUCUUUCAAAAAUCUUUCUAUUUAGUACAAAAUCCCCUCUUUUUGUUACAAUCUCUCCACUGCAGCUAACCAGUGAAACGCUGGCCAGGAAAACAACAGGAGGGGAUUUUGUACCGAUAAGAGCGUAACAUUGGAAGAUAUCCACUUGAUUUGUCUAACUCAGACAAAAAACGAUACAAACCUACAUUGGAAACGCUUUUGAUUAUAACAAGCAAAUUUGUUUUAAUGUUCAUAUGGGCAACUAACUAUCGUUUUAAGACAACAACAAAAAAGUGAAGUUAUCCGGUAUUAAUUAGCUCCACCUGUACUUUUCCUAAAAUGAUCAAAAUGGCUGCUGUCUCCUGUGGUCAGUGUGAGAAUUAUAGCUCCUAUUCAAACAGUGGCAUCAUUUUCACAAUGAAGUCACUGUUAAUAUAUAUGGAGAUAGACAAUUAAGAACCCAGUUAAGAGUUCAGUUCAGUCUGUUCACAUUAGUUUCUGCACAUGGCAAAAUUUGAAUUGAAAACAGACUUUGCUCUGUGAAUCAUUUCAUAGUGCCUCUGCUCUGAACACAUAUUCUUAAAGUUGUUGCUGCUGUUUGCAGUUGGAACCAAAGGAUGAUGGAUUUUUAAAAAAUACUUUUGAAAAUGGUUCUCUUUUAUUUAGAACUGAAGAUAUGCCUUUUUUCUAUAACACUCAUUAAUUCGUUCAUCAUCAUCUAAAUAUUUUAACAUACUGUAAAUACCUCUAUUACACAUCAUGUUUGAUUCAAUUCUGCAGAUUCUCACCAGUUCUUUUGUGAUCUGCAUCAUGGACAUGCAGCCCUGACAGUAUUAACUUUUAACCCUUCCUAUUUAAAUUCAGUUGUACAUGGUCUUAUUUGUUAUGGUUUUAACAUGAUGAAACCUUAUUAACAUAACAUGAAAGAUUAUGAGACGGUUCCAUGAUAACACCUAGCUACCUGAAGCACUUGGAAAAUUACAACUUGAAUCUGCUCUGUCUGACUAAGUUCUGUGAUUAAGGAAGAGAAAUUCGUUGCAUUAGUUUUGUGCUUCAUCUAAGGCCUGUUUACACUGGUCCAUUCAGUAACUGUUGCAUAAUUAUUCACAUUGCAUUUAUGAUGUAAUUUAUGAUGAUACAUUAAAAUAAUUUGGUUCCAGUC